GAGCUUUGACCAUCGCCGCAUCCAUUAUCCCGUGCUGGACCGUUGAGACGCCACACGCGUUUCUUCGAGCCACCAUCCCAGGUUGACUCUCAUCCACCAUGGCUCCUCCCCCGCUGCAGCGCAUCAUCACCCAGAAUUUCAUUGAUAAACAUCAGCCACCUAUUCGACAGGAGACGCUGCUCGAGGCUAGCCUAACGGACGAGUUCCUUGACGAGUUCCUGAAGAGCGCACCCACAUUCCCGAAUCCCAUCCGUGUCGGCAUUGCGCCCGCGUAUGGCCCUUCCGACCAGCUUCUUGCGAUUGCUCUUGCGACAGAGUCGCGCGUCCUAGUCAUCCAGCUCCAGAAGAGCAAAGGAGACACGCUGUAUAGAGGUCGCGGGGUACUGCUCACCAAAGUCCUUUCCAACCCCGACUGCCUACUCUACGCCUUCAACAUCGGCCAGCUCGCCAUUUCCCUCUUCCUCGACCACGGCUUGCGCAUCGUGAAUGGGAUCAGCGUCCAGGGCAUCUGCCCGGAGAGCCAGGAAAAGAUCGUGUCGCCCUUCGCCGCUGUCAAGUUUGCGGUCGGCGAUCAGUGGCCGAUCUACGAGGAGAACAUCAAGGCUGCCUUCCGGGAAAAGCUCUGGGACCCUAAGCCGGCUCGACAGACGUCUCUUGCACUCAAGGCCUGGCUGGCCUGCUUCCUGCCGGCCAUCCCAAACAUGGAGGAGCAGUUCAACACUGUCAAGCGGGUCAACACCAAAGAUAAGAGCGACUCCGAGCUCGCGCAGAUCGCGUCGAUCGCGCGGGCUGAUCAGCGCCUCGCCUCGCAGCGGCCGACCACGUCCGCGAACGAGUUCAGCGGACCGUCCGUGAAUCGGAAGAAACUCAACGUCCGGUCAGACAGAUACCAAACGAGGAUCCAACGAGAGACCGAGGCUCAGUUCACCGUUGUCGACGAACACGGAGCUACGUAUCUGGUCCAUGGGCGGACUGCUGACACCGCGGGUCGUGCCGCUGAACUGAAGGCUGAGAUAAGCCUCGAGGGCAAGACGGUCAUAGGCAUCACCUCCACGGGGGGAGACAGGGCCACUAAUGCAGAGACCCAGAAGGCACUCUAUGUCCUUGGGGCUUUGCAAGGUCAGGUCAACCUCUUUGAGAGCCCCUUCCAGCGGUACAUCUGGUGCCCUGAAGAGGACUUCAGCUGGCCUGAGAACUUUGAAUCUUCUGACAAGGUUCCUAAGAUCUCUGAUGCUCAGCCACUGAACACUUCACAGCACAGAGCUGUUCACCAUAUGCUCUCCAACACCAAUCCUAAUCGUGUGACUGUCAUACAGGGUCCUCCUGGGACUGGGAAGACAUCUGUCAUAGCAGCCUAUGUCUGCUCUGCAAUUGCUGGUGGGAGGAGGGGUAUCUGGCUGGUUGCACAGACCAAUGUGGCUGUCAAGAACAUUGCUGAAAAGCUGGCCAAGGUUGGCUUUCUGGAUUGGAAACUCCUUGUCUCUAAAGACUUCCACAUGGGAUGGCAUGAACAUCUCUACACUGUCAUCAACAACAAUAUGAUUCGCUCUGACAGCUUCAAGCAUGCCCACAAACUCCUCAAAGGCUGCUCUGUCAUCCUUUCUACACUCUCCAUGCUCUCCAACCCUCGCAUCAAGAACUUCACUGCCUUUGUCCCUAUGGCCACUCUGGUUGUGGAUGAAGCCAGUCAAAUAUCCAUCAAUGAUUACAUCCCUGCUCUGCAACAAUUCCCAUCCCUUCGUAAAAUGUGUUUCAUUGGUGAUGACAAACAAUUGCCACCAUUUGGGCAGGAUGAAAAUGAGGAGCUGAAGAGCAUAUUUGAGGUUCCUCACCUGCGCUCAAGUGCACAGAUGCUUGAUACACAAUACAGAAUGCCACCCCAUAUUGGGGACUUCAUCUCUACAGCUGUGUAUGAUGCUCAGCUGGCAUCAAACCCCCUCCACCCCAUCCAAAUUCCUGAGAGUUACUUUGUUGAUGUGGAGGGUGGUGAGGAGAAGAGAGAUGGCACAAGUUGGAAGAAUGCUCCUGAGAGGCAAGCAGCCCUAAAGAUUGCUGCCAAGCUCCAGGAGGAGGGCAAGGACUACAGGAUCAUCACCCCUUAUGAUGCACAGAGGAAUCUCCUUGAAGGAGAAAUGAAGGAGAUGGGUCUUGCAUGGCAGGACAAAUGCUUCAAUGUGGACUCCUUCCAAGGCAAUGAGGAGGACUACAUCAUCAUCUCUCUUAAGGGCAUGUUCAUCUGUACCAAGUGGGACUUUGUCACAGGCACUGCUGCUAACACCUUGGUGGGGCAAAUGGCUCAGGCAUGGGGUGCAGAGGCCUGGAAAGGCUCAUGGGAGUGGGAUGAGCCAGAGCAGGCUCAGCAGGAUGUAGCAUAA